AUGUCGAGCAUCGACGGCGACGACAAUGGCGCGUCAACCCUCCAAGAGACGGUCGCAAGCCUGGACCCCCGCCCCAUCACUGUCGCAGUCAACCCAGUAGCUCUCGUCGUGACAGAAUGUAUCACCGUCACGUCGGCGAUGCGAAAGCAUGCCCGCUGGGCGCAUUCGUCGGUCGCAGCGAUAUUGGGGAGCUCUUCCAACAAGGCCCCAACCGUACAGCGGCGCGAUCGAACAGGACAGGGCAUUGUGAGUGCAGGAGAGCAAGAGGAGGCUGUUCCGAGUAGAUGGGGAUUGCGGGGGAAGAAGGGCAAGAGCAUGCAAGACAAUCCCCUCAUGUCUGCAUUUGCGCGCCUAAGGAAUGAUCUCAAGGGCUGUAAAAAUAUCCGGGCAUUCGAUACGCCCUCUAUGCUUCACCCCUUCCUACAAGUUAUCCGCUCAUCCUCAACCUCUGCGCCCAUUACCUCACUCGCCCUGAUUGCCAUUACCAAGUUUCUGUCGUAUGGCAUCAUUGACCACGAUUCUCCACGCCUACCAGAAGCUAUGCAGCAGCUCUCUUCUGCCAUUACACACUGCCGUUUCGAAGCCACCGACUCUGCAGCGGACGAAAUCGUCUUGCUCCGCAUCCUCAGGUUGAUGGAAGUUAUGAUAUCGGGCCGCGGAGGAGAGGUACUCGGCGACGAGAGCGUAUGCGAGAUGAUGGAAACGGGCUUGAGCAUGUGCUGUCAGGCACGACUCUCCGAGGUGCUGCGACGAUCCGCCGAGGUGGCCAUGGUUUCCAUGUGUCAGGUUAUAUUCAGGAGAUUGAAGACUCUCGAGGUUGAGUCGCCAGAUGAACUGCAGGCCAUGGACGAAGAGCUCGAAGGUAAAGACGAGCAGGACGGCCUACGGAUGGACCCAACAGCGGACGGCGGAGGCGAUGCUGCACAGCACAAGGUUGAAGCACUACAGCUUUCGAGCGACCCUGACAAGGGUCAGGAAGAUAACGAAAGUACCGCAAAUCCAGCGAGUAGUACUCUGGAUCUUCCUGCGACAGCUGCAGACGGGAAGCCUAAGUCCGCUGUCGAGAUCAAGCCAUACUCGUUGCCGUCUAUAAGAGAACUGUUUCGAGUACUGGUCGAUCUACUGGACCCGCACGACCGACAGCAUACCGAUACCAUGCGUGUCAUGGCGUUGCGUAUUGUCGAUGUCGCACUCGAAGUUGCCGGGCCCUCAAUCGCAAGUCAUCCUAGUCUUGCAAACUUGGCCAAGGAUACCUUGUGUCGGCACAUUUUCCAACUGGUCAGGUCGGACAACAUGGCGAUUCUGAACGAGUCAUUGCGAGUCGCUGGCACCUUGUUGGCAACAUGUAGGAAUGUGCUCAAGCUGCAACAAGAGCUUUACCUCUCUUACCUAGUGGCGUGCCUCUUUCCAAGGGUGGAGAUACCAGUGGAGCCUGGUAUUGAGCCUUCAUUAUACGAAGGUGUCCCACAGGCGCCGAGUCUCAUAAAGCAACCGCCGCAACAAAACAGCUCCAGUGGCCGUUCGACCCCAGUACCUGUUAAAGAUCGACAAAAGCUAGGUUUGGAGGGGGGUGUCCGAAAACCCGAUGCUCGGGAAGCCAUGGUGGAGAACCUGGGUGGCUUAGUUCGGAUAUCGUCAUACAUGGCAGAGCUGUUUGUCAACUAUGACUGCGAGAUUGACCGUGGAGAUGUCUGUAUGGACAUUGUGGGACUUCUCUCGCGAAACGCCUUCCCAGACUCCGCAACCUGGAGUACUGUCAAUGUACCUCCUCUCUGCUUGGAUGCCCUCCUCGGCUUUGUGCAAUCCAUGGCAGAUCGUUUGGACGAUGAACCAGUGACGGAAGGUUACCCCAGUGUCGAAUCGCUUCGUGAGCAACGAGCACGCAAGGCCGUCAUCAUUAAGGGUGCAACCAAAUUCAAUGAGAAGCCCAAGGCUGGUAUCGCGUACCUAGCGUCACAAGGCGUUAUAUCCGACCCUGAUGAUCCCAAAUGCAUCGCUGAGUUCGUCAAAGGCACAACGAGAGUUGAUAAAAAAGUUCUCGGAGAGUUUAUCUCGAAAAAAGGAAAUGAAGCGGUACUUAGCGCCUUUAUCGACUUAUUCGACUUCACUGGGCAACGCAUCGAUGAAGCGCUCCGCCAACUGCUACAUGCUUUCCGUCUUCCUGGAGAAUCUGCAUUGAUUGAAAGAAUCCUCACCGAGUUCUCUGAAAAAUACUUCAAAAUGGCAAAGCCUGAAGGCAUUGUCAACGGCGACGCUAUCUACAUUCUCACAUACGCAGUUAUCAUGUUGAACACCGAUCAGCAUAAUCCCAACAUGAAACAAAAGCGAAUGCAACUGGAAGACUUCAGGAGGAACGUACGGGGUGUCAAUGAUGGAAAGGACUUUGACGCAGAAUUCUUGGAGAAAAUCUACGAGUCUAUCAAGAACCGUGAAAUCAUCCUGCCUGAGGAGCACAGCGACCGAAACGCCUACGAGCAUGCGUGGAAAGAGCUACUUGUCAAGUGCCAGUCAACAUCAGAUAUUGUCAUCUGUGAAACCAACAUUUUCGAUGCAGACAUGUUUGCUGCUACUUGGAAACCUAUUGUAGCAACACUGGCAUAUGUCUUCAUGUCCGCUACCGACGACGCUGUCUUCUCACGCGUUGUACAAGGCUUCGACCAAUGUGCUCAAAUUGCAGCGAAAUACAGACUUACUGACGCUUUGGACCGCAUCAUCUCGUGCCUUUCGUACAUAAGCACAUUAGCGCCUGAUGUGCCCCCGAGCACUUCAUUGAACACGGAGGUUCAGGCCGACAAGAAGAGCGUCAUGGUCAGCGAGACUGCUGUCCGUUUUGGCCGCGAUGCCCGAGCGCAAUUAGCAACCGUCGUGCUGUUCCAGGUCAUCAAAGGCAAUGAAGCAUCGAUAAGAGGCGGAUGGGAACACCUUAUUCGUAUCAUGGUCAACCUCUUCGUCAACUCGCUGAUACCACCUUACUUCCUCUCCUUCCAGAAAACCCUUGCUUUGGCACCAAUACCCCUCCAGAACCCAGCCCAAGUCAUUGACCGUGCUGAGCGUCCCGCUGAUACUGGAAUAUUCUCAGCUUUGACAUCUUAUGUUUCCAGCUUCGCUAAUGAUGAGCCACCAGAGCCAUCGGACCAGGAAAUAGAGUACACACUUUGCACUGUAGACACGGUGAAGGAGUGCCAUUUCGAAGACAUCCUCGCGAAUAUUAGUCAGCUGCCCGUAGAUUCUCUCAGGUCGCUACUUGAUUCAUUACUUCGGCACCUACCCGAAGAUGGGUCGCCAACAGUCAUUGUGGUGAAGCCUGAAAUUCCAGGUGCAAGUCCACGGACACCUGGUCCUCGGCAGAAAGGCAAGGGUCCCCUUUAUGACCCCAGCUUAGUCUUUGUUCUCGAGCUGGCCACUGUAUUGGCCCUACGUGACGAAGAGACUGUCAGAGACCUGGCAAAGGAUGUGAUCGAUGCGCUGGCGUCGGUCAUUCGAGAUGCCACUAAGCAUCAUUAUGUGGUAGUCGCCCGGUCGGCAUACUACCUCCUGAGCCUGCUCAAGGCUAGCAAUGACUACGACUUCAUUCGCGCACCGGUUCUUAUGCACACUUUCUCGAGUUUCAACGAUUCACUGCUGCAGGAGUGCGCACAACCGAUCCUGAAGGGUUUGAGCGAUUGCUGCAAGGGGCCCAAUGCGCUCCGCAGUGAGCUUGCAGGCUCACCAGACUUCUGGACCAUUCUCAACAGAUUAGCUAAUGUGCCUGAUGCCGCUGGAGAUGUCUUUUUACUUGUGGAGGACCUAGCUACCUCGCCACAGCCAGGCAUUACUGCAGACAACUAUGAGGCUGCAAUUGCGCUUCUCAAUGAGUUUGCAACCGCUGCUCAAGUGGGUGCACGGGAGGAGCAGCUGUAUGACCAAGCGGUGCGGCGCAACAAAGGACAGAAGCCCAAAAAGCCGGAGAACAGUGAGAUUGUCGUACGAGGCAGUACUGCUAUGAGCAUCGUCUUCCAGUUGUCCAGUCGGGUACCGAACUUUAUCGAGCAAUCCCAUCUCGAGACUACCAAAGCAUGGACAGCGUAUUGGUCUCCUAUUCUGAAGACGCUUGCGCACCAAUGUCUGAACCCUUGCCGUUCCAUCCGUCAACAAGCUUUUGUCUCACUCCAGCGCACUCUCCUAUCCGCUGAUCUUGCCUCUCCUGACCACAAGGAAUGGACUUCCAUCUUCAGCGAAGUGCUCAUCCCACUCAUCACUCAACUCCUCAAACCAGAAGUGUACCAAUCCGAUCCCCUCGGUAUGAGCGAAACGCGAGUCCGCGCAGCCACCCUCCUCAGCAAAGUCUUCCUGCACUACCUAGUCCUCCUAGACGGCCUAGGCGAGAAAGGAGAAAAAGGUAUGUUCGAGGAACUUUGGAUCACCAUUGUCAGUAUCAUGGACCGCCUUGGGAACAGCGGCCAAGGCGACAUGGAAGAAGCCGUAGCCGAGAACCUCAAGAACAUGCUCCUUGUCCUGAGCAGCGGGGGCUACCUUGCCCCGCCUGACGAAAACCCAGACCGCGAGGAACUUUGGCAUGAGACUUGGAAACGCAUCAAUCGCUUCCAGCCGAACUUCUUCGCUGAGCUGUUCCCCGAAGAGGCGGGCAAGCCAGCACGACCCAGGCCAAGUAAGGAUGAAAGGGCUGCUGCAAAGAGCCCCGUGCCGCCGACCGAGAAACGGGAGGUGGACAUUGCAAUUAGGACCAAAGAUGACGGAGAGAAGAAUGGAUCUAGCGAAGAGACUGACGAAGAUGAGGAUGAUGAAGAGGAAGAGGUCGAGCAGAAGAAGAAGGCUGAUGGGAAAGAUGAUUAG